AUGCCCAAUCGACCUCGGAAGGAAUCCAUACAAGAUGUGGCAGCCAGGAAAGACCCACCUACUGGGCGUGCAGGUGCUAGAGGGUCUAUUGUUGCACCCAAGUUCACUUCGAUGCAGCUUGCAGAACUUUUGAGACCUUUCUGGCUGGAACUCUUACAAGACAAUGUCAAGAACGUCAAGAAAUUUCUUCGCGACAACCGCUCAAGAAUUGAUUUUAGCACUGCACGAUACACUGCUUGUGCCGAUGGCACGGGGCUGCAUCUGUGUGCACAACACGGAUUUAUGGGCUGUGCAAAACUUCUACUUGAGUUCGGGGUGAAGAUCGAUCUUCCGAAUAAAGUGGGGUCUACGGCUCUACACGUGGCCUGUAAGUUCAACCAGGAGGAAAUGGUGCUGUUCCUGUUACAAGCAGGUGCCCGGCUUGAUGUACCUGACCUUCGCAACAACGUUGCAUUUGAUGUUGCGCCGUACACGCUGCUCGACAAGUGUCUGUUGUCACCUCAGCGAACGAUACUAGAAGCCGAGCAGCAAGAAGAGGCUCGACUGCUCGAAAAACACCAAGCUGCUUUGGAUCACUUCGAGAAAGUCACACUUGCCAAAGCCCACGCAUCAAUGUUGCUUAGCGAUUGCGAAAGCCAUGCGUGGGAACAAUGGCAAGCGCUCCAAGCAGCGAACAAAAUCGAUCGUGAGUGGAGUGAGCAGGUUCAGAGAUCUCGGGAUACGUUGGAGGUUAAACAAGCAACGUAUACGGAUCUUCAAGUCCAGCUUCAAAACGAGGAGGACCAAAUCGUACAGACGUGGAAAAACGUAUUCCGUGAGGCGAGAGACCGUCGGGAACGUGCUCGCGAAGAGAUGGAGCAAAUGCUCAUGUUAACCGAGGAAACGCACCAGCGCUGGAUGCGAGAGCAGCAAGAACUAUGGGAUCAAUGUGGACUGAUUGAAACAGCGCAAGAAUUUCCCAACGACGCAGACGUACAGCAGUGGGUUCUGUGUACCAUUUUUGCCAUGAUCGAUGAAAGCGUUCCCGUAAGUUUUCACCAAGAAAUGGAUAUCGACCGACAAUUAGUGCGCGAGGAGAUCAUUUUAGUGAUUCGGAAUGUUUUAUCACGCUUUCCGAAGAUGCGAGAUCUUCAAGUUAGCGCUCUUCAAUGCUUAGUGCGACUUGUUGGCCACUGUAUCGAACCUCCCAUGACGGCCAGAGCCUUUGACUUUUUGACGUCUCUUAUUAAAGCCAACGUCUUGGCACUCAGUCGAGACGUAUUUAUUCGCUUCCAGCAAGACUUGGAGAUUGCUCACUUGGUGGUCGAGUUGCUCUACCAUUUACUGCAGUUUCGAGGUGAGAAUGGGGCAAAUAACUUGCAAUUUUGCCAGAACCGCGCCAGUCAUCAACUCCCGCUGCAGGUUCUGCGUCUCCACGAAAUCGUGUAUCCAUUACGAGGUGAUGCAGAUUCAUCAUCUGUUCUACCUGCACGGCAUCACGUUUCAUUUCUUCUAUUCACACUCAUCAAGUACAACGUCAGGAAAACUGUGGAUGAGAAAGACGUUCUCCCUUUAGUUCGCCGCCUUAUCUCAGCAUUGAGUAAGAGCUCUUCAAACGGUGAUUCUACGUCUGAUGAAGCCAUAGCGUCAGCACUCCGAUACUUAGUGGGAAGCCUAGCGCUGAUACAGAGCUCGUCUGUUCGAACCAGUACCAUCAAGACAAGCCCUCGGUCGAUUGUUCCACCUCCUUGGACAGUAGACGAUUUGAGCCAAAUAUUCGAUGCAAUUCGGCCUUGGCUUUUAAAGCGUUCUAUUGACAGCGAACCAUUGACAAGUGCACAUCGCAGUCUUGUCUUCUGGAUGGUAAAGCUGCUUCGAAACCUUACGCAACCACAGGAUGAUGAAGUAGUGCAGCUUCGCUCGUGGCUUCGAACUCGUGGAACUUUCGAUCUUCUUGCAAAUACAAUACUUGCUAUUCGAAAGCAGAGACCGGUGGAAGAUGAUACUGCAGUGCACAACAUCGUGGUGGUCUGGCUUGAACUUGUGGAAGAUAUCUGGCUAUGCAGAUACAACAGCGACGGCCAACUUGCGGCCACGGCUGCAUUUAUCUUGGACUCUCUUGUGCAGCUUCUAGAACUCGAAGCCCAGCUGGUUGAACAGCAUGACCGCACCUCGUUCGUCAACGUCACUGCUGUAUUCAAGGUUUUCGUUCUUGUGUUAUCUAAUGGCAAAAACAUGCACUAUCUUGCUGAUCACGAGUACAAGAUCGACGUCGCAGUGCACGACAUCCUGAAGAAGCUUCUCGACAUUAACCAGAAAUCUCAAAACAACGAAUCUUUACACGAAGCGUGCACAUCCGAGCUGCUUGUUCACAUACUGCGGGUCUACCUUCGUUUCUUCGACUACGAGCGAGACCACGUUAAGUCUGAGAUUAACCAGCACGAGCGAUGCAGAGCCAUCGGACUCUGCACCACAUUACAAGCUUUCGAAUCAUCUACUACCACUCCAUCGUGCUCGCUCAACGUUAACCAGAGCGACGAUCAGGCCGUAAAGACACCACAACACUCAAAGCUCAAGUCGAAAAUGAAGAUCGCUCGAGCGUGGUCAGUGCAACAGACACAAGAUCCUCAACGAGAAACUCUACGCUCUUUGGCUCGAGCUCUGCUUCGACACGCACCAUGCAAUUGCUAG